AUGACACAAGCCAACCUUCUCUCUCUGCCCGCACAAAUACCGCCGCCCACCGCCCUUGCGUUGUCCCAAAAGGCCCCUCUCGUCCUCUCUACAACACCAACGUCGAACCUCCCAUGGCCCCUCUCGCUCCUCUUCUCGCGCGAGACACCCGAGACAUGGACCAUCCACGAGAACCUCUUCCUCUCCACCCUCCGCACCGGCGACGAGAAUGCCGCCCUGUCCAUUCUGCAGCGGCUGGAAGCCCGAUUCGGCGACCACAACGAGCGCAUCGUUACACUGCGCGGCAUCUACAACGAGGCCACGUCCAAGUCAGAUGCUGAUCUGGAAAAGGUCUUUGAGGCCUAUGAAAAAAUCCUCCGAGACGAUCCCACCAACAUGAGUAUCAGGAAGAGGAGGGUAGCUGUGCUCAAGGCGCUGGGCAGGACAGGCGAUGCCAUUACAGCUGUCACAGUGCUGUUGCAGUACAGCCCAACGGAUGCUGAGGCAUGGGCUGAGGCGAGCGAGCUCUAUGCAAGUCAAGCAGCUUGGGGGCAAGCGAUAUACUGCGCCGAAGAAGUUCUGCUCAUCACACCCAACGCAUGGAGUGCACACGCACACAUUGCCACGCUACACUAUCUCUCUACAGCCUCCAACAACCCACCCAGCCUCACCUCUCUCGCCCUAUCGCUAAAGCACUUCUGCCGCUCCGUCGAGCUCAACGACGGUUACCUACGUGGCUAUUACGGUCUCAAGCUCCUCACCUCGAAGCUCAACAAUGCACUCUCCGACUCGACAUCCAAACGCAACGCACAAGAAGACGACGACAUCCCCGUCCCGAAUGCCCAAACUGUAAACAAGUUAGAAGAGAUUGCUACAAACAAACUCGCCGAGAUUAUAAGACUAUACAAGUCAGGAAAGAAGGCGUGGCAAGGCUACGACGAGGCGGAAAUCAUUGCUGCGCGGGAGCUGCUGGACAGGGACGGCAAGGCUGAGCGAUAA